ACGACAAAAUGAACAUGGCAAUGAACGAGCAGAGCUCUCCUUUGGAUCCUUUUCGUGAGCAAGUGAGUGCCCUACGAAAAGUCUACACGUUUUACAUCGAAAAGACGAUCAACUAUCCGAUGUACCGUUGGCUAGUUCUUGUCCUGACCGUAAUUCUCUAUGCUCGUCGUAUUUUCCAUGUUCAGGGCUUUUACUUGAUCACAUAUACUUUGGCCUUAUAUCUUCUCAAUCUUUUAUUGGGCUUUUUGUCUCCGCUUGAAGUAUAUGAUGACGAUACUGCUGAGCUUCCUACACGUGACGCCACCGAAUAUAGACCCUUCAUUCGCCGUGUGCCUGAGUUUACCUUUUGGAAAAACAGCAUGGAGGCCAUCCUCCUGUGCUUUGUACUCACCUUGUUCCCCAUCUUUGAUCUCCCUGUCUUCUGGCCGGUUUUGGUGGUGUACUUUGUGAUGCUUUUCCUUAUCACAAUGCGUGAUCGUUUGGUUCAUAUGAUUCGCUACCGAUAUCUUCCCUGGUCUCACGGCAAAAAGAGAUAUACUUCGGAUUAAGUGUGUAGUUGA